ACGCUCGAGUAGUCUCCUUCCCCUGUACGCCUCUCUUCCCACAACGGCAAAACCAAAACUUCCCUCCAAUGCAGCCGAAACCCUAACUAAACCUCACCGCCGUCUGCCGUCUGCCGUCUGCCGUUGCAAUGGAGUUCGCCGCCCGUGGCCGAUCAACCGCCGCGGUCGACGGCGUCGGCGACGGCGAUGGCCGCCGCUUUUCCGACCCUCCGCCGCCGAACGGCAGAGACGCUCACUCGGUACCUGAAAACAUGGCGGCGCUGGUGUUCAGGAGGGGGGAGCUGUUGCGGGAGUUCCACAGGGAGCGCAUCCGCCUGGAUAUGAUCUUGUGUGAUCUUGCUGAGACAGAGCGCGCCAUGACAGCGUGCUUAGCAAUGCCUGCAGCGGGGUGGGGUGCUUGGGGUGACAGGCCUUCGAUGCAUCAAUCCGAAGAAACCCUGUACCGAAAUCCGCGGUCAAGCGAGGAAACCUCUUGGUGGUGUGGGAACCCCUCAGAGACAGUGAUUCCUUUUUACCCUCACGUUGAACGGUCACCGUCACCAGUGCAGCAGCAGCGGCCAGUUGAUGACGCUGAGCAGCAAGAACGUGGCAACUCAUCUAGGGCACUGGCAGUAGCUCCUUCAUCGUGUCCUGAUGUCGAACAACGCUGGUCACUGAGGAAGGAGCCUGCAGUUGAAGCCUUGGUACAAGCUGCCAUCAAUGUCGUUGCCAAUCCAACGGAGACGGCGUUGUUCAGUCAGAAGGUGACACCAGAGAGCCGAGCUGCUGUUAACCAGGAACAGGAACAACAAUUGAAGGACGGCCAUGGGGUGCAGCUGACGGAGAGUGGAAUCCAGAGAAGAGAACAGCCAAAGUGUUUAACCACUGGUGAGGAACACGAAGCAGAAGCAAAGGAUAUCCAUGCCAUGCAGUUCAUGGAGAGUGAGCUCCAUAGAAUUGAACAUCCAAUGCAUCCAGCCAUUGGUCACGAACGCGAAGAAGAAGUGAAGGAUAACCAUGCCAUGCAACUGAUGGAGUGUGAAGUCCAGAGGAAUGGACAGCUAAACCAUGCAGCCAUUGUUCAUGAACGCGAAACAAAAGGGAAUACCAGCCAUGCGGUGCAGGUGAUGGAGAGCAAACUCCAGAAGAGUGAACAAGUAAAGCGUGGAGCCGUUGGUCAGGAAAACAAAGCUGAGGUGAAGGACAACCAUGAAGUGCUGAUGGAGAGUGAAAUCCAGAGACCUGAACAGCCUAACCGUGCAGCCAUUGGCCAGGGACGCGAAACGAAAGGGAAUACCAGCCAUGCAGUGCAGGUGAUGGAGAGCAAAUUCCAGAAGGGUGAACAGGUAAAGCGUGGAGCCGUUGGUCAGGAAAACAAAGCUGAGGUGAAGGACAACCAUGAAGUGCUAAUGGAGAGCGAAAUCCAGAUACCUGAACUGCCUAACCGUGCAGCCAUUGGCCAGGGAUGCGAAACAAAAGGGAAUACCAGCCAUGCAGUGCAGGUGAUGGAGAGCAAAUUCCAGAAGAGUGAACAGGUAAAGCGUGGAACCGUUGAUCAGGAAAACAAAGCUGAGGUGAAGGACAACCAAGAAGUGCUGGAGAGUGAAAUCCUGAGAACUGAACAACCUAACCGUGCAGCCAUUGGCCACGGACGCGAAACAAAAGCGAAUGCCAGCCAUGCAGUGCAGGUGAUGGAGAACAAAUUCCAGAAGAGUGAACAGGUAAAGCGUGGAGCCAUUGGUCAGGAAAGAAAAGCUGAGGUGAAGGACAACCAUGAAGUGCUGAUGAAGAGUGAAAUCCAGCGAAGUGAACAGCCAAAGCAUGAAGCCUCUGGUCAGGAGCAUGGCGAAGAAGAGAACGACAGACAUGCCGCACAGCCCAUGGAGGAGAGUGGAAUACAGAGCAGUGAACAGCCAAAGCCUGCAGAGCGUACCAUCAAUGAGCGUAUCGGUGAACCAAGGCAAUUAUCUCAUCGAUAUGCGCUGGCUGCCAAGGAGAAAUCCCCACCUAAUGAGCAGAAGAGACAAGUGUUUGACGACCGUAAAACCCAGAUCACUACCUGUGGGGUGAAAAGGAAACCAAUUAUGAGAAUAAACAGGUACAGGCCACAUGAACAAUCGAAUUGCGCCCUUGGAAUGAACCUGACCUGUGACGAAGACUUAACACAACACCAAGCAGGCGAGCUGCACCGGUCGAAUUUUGAAGUGUUGCAAUCAAGGCAGGGAGCUGCAGGGCUCACCGCAAAAUCAACACCUGAGUCUUCUCAUCGGCCACGUUUGCAUCCCAUCAGCAACAAUGACAUGGAGAGUGAACAACCAAAGCGUUCAGCCCUUGGUCAGGAACACGAAGCAGAAGCGAAAAACAGCCAUACCGUGCAGCUGGUGGAGAACAAAAUACAGAGAAGACAGAAAACGCGUGAAGCUUUGGGUGAGGAACACAAGGCAGAAGAGAAGGACAGCCAUGCCGAGCAGCUGAUGAAGGAGAGUGGAAUCCAGAACCGUGAACAACAAAAGCCUGCAGAGCCCACCUUCAGAGAUGAUACCGAUGAACACAUGCAAUCACCUCAUGUGCUGCCUGUGAAGGAAAAAUCCCCAUCUAAUAAGCAUAAGAUAGUAGCGUUCAACGAGACUAGAACGCAAAUCACGCCCUCUGUGCUGAAGAGGCCGAUUUUCAAACCGACCAUGAUAACUCCACCAGCAAAGAGGCACAAGCCACUUGACGAUUGGAGUUGCACCCUCUGCCAAGCGAACUUAACCUGUGAAGAAGACUUAACGGAACACAAAGAAGGCGAGCUACACCAGUCGAAACUCGCAGCAUUGCGAGCAAGGCACGAAGCCUCUGGAUUUGACUUGCGGAACCAUCUCAGGGGCAGGAGUCACCAGGAGAGCUCGCAGGCCUUGAACACAGAAGAAGGCGGCAAGUGUCCCGUUGACCGCAGGGGUGAAGACCCGAAGAACAAGUUUAUGGGCAACAGAAGGUUUCCUUUCUGCAAGCUCUGCAAAGUGGAAUGCACCAGUCAGAAGGUGAUGCAGUCGCAUCUCGCUGGAAAGAAACACCGGGAGAAUCUUCUGGCACGCCAUUGACUUGGUUGUCCAUGGCCAAGUUGAUGGUUCAAGUACCACAGGUCGGUGUAUGAUUACCAUGCUAACCUGUAGAUGAUAUCAGCACGGGGCAUUGCAACCGCACAUGUUGGUGGUCUCUUUAGGGUGAUGUCAGUGAAGAAACUUCUGGCUGUGUGCAUGUCUUUGGUCUGUCUCACUAGCUGUGAAUGUUCCAUCCAUCCAUGUUUAGAAAGUAGAAACUACUGCAACGUAACUGGAAAGGAGUACAGUAGUUCCCUUAUUUUUUUGAAAAAAGGGAAGGGGUCCUUUUGUUUCUACUACUGAUCGACUGAGCUUAUAGGCUCUAUGACAGUAGCUGUAAUACAAUUAUACAAGAGCUACCUUGUGCUGUACUUCUUUCCAUAGCAAAGUACACCAGUACCAGGUUCUGAAGGAAUUUCUUUUGCAACUCCACUUGCUC